CUGAUGUGACGGGUACAGCAGGCAUGCUGGUGGAUGUUCGUUGAUGCAUAUACUAGUGGUAAAAUGAAUGCUACCUGGACGUAAAUUAGCAGGUGGACGUAGUUGUUAAAUGCUGUUGGAUAUACCUUUCCCCGAGCAUAGUCCAAACGUUUACCCAUGAUGGUGAUCCUACAUGUAACUGUUGUACUUCUUCUCAUCACCAUGUUCACACCUGUACGAUCAUCUUAUGAAGGCAUUACCACAGAUCUGGAGCCGUCUGGUAGCCUGUACAAGACUGUUGGAGAGAGCCUGGAGUUAAUCUGUUCCUAUAAGGGUGUUACUUCGAACAACUCAUCCGAUAGCCUGUCUAUAGAGCGCUGUAGGCACAGGAAGUGUUUCCUCUUGUCGUCAGAAGCUGUCAACCUUACAACCAUCCGAACAACUAUUCAAAGUCUCCACUUAGAGGAUACGGGGACCUACACGUGUAAUUUCCCGCCCGAUCCUGAUUCCAUGUCAAUCCUGUUCCUCCGCGUAGGCUACCGGCCAUCACCUCCGAAGGAUAUAUACUGUUUCUCAAAGGACCACCUCGACAUGAACUGCACCGUGACGUUAGCAGACAGAGAUGCCAGGUCCGAGCUCGGUCACAAUGUCACCAUCGACUUUCAGUCGGACAGAUCUACAGAAUGGCUUAAAUGUCUCCACUACGACGCUCAGACUUAUUCCUGCUACUGGAGGUCUCCCGCCGAAACGGAUAGCUCUGGGAUAGAUUUUCUCAACGAUUUCAGCCUACUGGAGCGGUAUAUCGUCAGGGCCAGGGUGCGAAACAUACUUGGGAGCAGCCAGGCAAUAAAGAUCAUUAACGAUAGUUCCACGAUUGUUACUAUAUCGAAGCUGUACCAUUUAAGUGUGACCAGUAUCACUAGUAGAACGGCGUCCCUGACUUGGGAGUUACCGGAAUACGUUCUCCCGGGGAUAUUCACGAUUGACUUUGCCAUCAACUACACAUCGAGGUGGGACCGACAUCCAAGACAGCUGUUGUACAGUACCAAGGAAAGGAUGAGAACGGAAUUGGUGGGACUUGUUCCAUAUACCAAAUACUACGUGUCUAUUCGUGCAAGAGGUCGAUUGGUCACAGAUGACAGAAGCUGGACUCCAGUGGAGAGACUUUCGUUUCACACAGAUAAAGACGCCCCGAGUGCGGCCCCGAAGUAUACGGUAGGAGGGUACUUCCUGUCCAGACCUGGCAUCAACAACACGGGCGAUAACUGUGCUUUACAAAUCUACCUCAAGCCACUCCCACAAAGGAAGCGGAACGGAAAGCUAGCUGGGAUGUAUUACUCCGUGUCUAUCCAGGGAGACACGCAUAAUCAGCUUAUCACGCGCCCUCUCACGACGCUCACCAUCCGCGACAUAUCCUGCUGGAACGACAGACCCUACAAUAUAGCCGUCCAGGCGUGUAUCGAAGACGAUUUGUGUUCAAACAAUCGUACAGUAAUCCAUAUUCCUUCGUUUGCUCAGGAUAUCGACACUGGCUUUCCUCAUGCCACGGAAGUCAUUGCGGAAGGAUAUGGUGAUACCGCUGUCAAAGUAUCCUGGUUGAGUGAUGCACAGUUUCAGACAAUUGUAAAGAACGUCACCGUAUUUUGGUGCAGAGGAAACAGGGAAUUAACUGUUUGUAAGAGUAAUUUGUCAUGGACGAUAUUACCUGGAGAUGCGACCGAAACAAUGUUAAACCUGACCCAUUCGUAUUACCGGGACUGGAUGUUUGCGGUGUCGUCUACAACAGACGAGGGGGUGAGCGGUGGCAUGGUGUUCGAUGAUUGUCAGUUCCUUUACGACAGCACUGAAGAGGAACACACAGCGGGAGGGAAAAGAAACCCAGAUUCAUCAUUCGGAUCAGUGAAGCCGUCAUUCAACCUUUUGGCCCGAGAUGGUGACGUCAAAUCGAUAGACGUCGUGUCCUUCACCUUCAGAUACUGUGACGCGCAGUUCCUGUUAAGAAAACCGGACCAAUAUGAAGUGUUUUACAGAGUAACAACAGAGGAGACAGAGGGAGAUUGCACAACAGGGGCACAUUCACUUAACGUGACGGCGACCUUACGUGUCCAGGAAAUUGUUUUGCCUGACCUUGACCCCAUGGCUCAGUAUUCGGUGUGUAUGAGGAUCUGGACGAGUGUCGGGGCCAGCGAAUUAAGUGAUGUCAAAUGGAGGAAACCACUCAAAUUACCUGGUGCGAGGACGUCGGAUUCUGCUUUAAUCAUAAGCAUAACGCUUGCAAUAGUAAUCACUCUUGUGGUCCUUUCAGUAAUAAUAUGGCGUGUAUGCCACACGUAUAAGUCCAUGGAUGUAAAGGUGCAAGUUCCAGUCAUCGAUAAUUAUAGCGAUGAGGAUCAAAGACUCAUGGAAGCACAGUCACAGCAGGACAGAUAUGCUGUUAAGGACGAUGGUAUUAGAUUAACUUCAAAGGGGAAUACCGCACUGUCAAAUGGGGGUUUGGGAAAGCCACGAAAACCUCUACCAGCGCCAUCUCUUUUGGCAGCCUCUAAGAGAAAUAGCUCAGACAGUGGUGUGGUGCGUAGUAGCCUCGAAAGUCAACAAGUAGACGGUAGAGGAGAUAACAUCUUCCAGGCAACACCUAAUGGAGUAAGCGGUGAAACAGCCCCAAACAAGUGUGAAUUUAGCAUGAUCGCUAUCCCCAAGAAGUGCAUAUCACAUGGAAGCAGGAACAAUGAUGGGCGUGUCAAACACACUGACAGCAGUGUUUCUACAAGCGACUCUGCAGCUGAUUAUCAGCCUGGAAUCACCCAAAACAAUACUACGAUUGGAGAAGGGUCUUAUUGUCAAUGGGAUGCCAUCGGCACUAUCGACUCCCGCCUUUCCUCGCAUUGUCCUGUGACUGAUAACGAUGCUACGGAAAAUAGCGGUGUUUCAGACAUCACAGAAUAUCGCCAAAUAGGUAGCUCUAACAGCAAUGCGGUAAGAGACAACGACGCAAGUUCCGGUCAAACAACAAGCUUUCAGGACCAGGCAGUGCCCGAAGGUUCAAGAAUAGCCUAUGUGAUAAGAAAUGAGCAGUUUGAUAAUUCUUUUACAGAACAAUACAAUCCACUUCUACCUAUGGGAGAGUCAACACGUGUCAUCGAUACAAACGUCGGGGCAGUGACAAAUCGUCGUUGUGGUAAAAACAGGCGACCACGUGACAUAGGCAGUCCAAUGAUAAGAAGUGUAACAACUUCAGAAACAGACACUUGUGAUUUCUAUGACAGCAGCAUGCCGACGGAAAAUAAUUUGGAUUUAGGUAUCGAGUGCAAUAACUCUUAUGACGAUAUCAACGAAGUACCAAUUGGGGAAAAUCAUGAAAAGGGAACAAUUUUAGAAGAUUUUAAUGACGAGAAACGCAAUCUACUCCAUGGGCAUUUACAAACAUUUGAUCAUGAAGAAGAUUAUAUUUCACAAAUACAACAUGCAAGGUUAUUUGAAAAGGCAUGUUUGGACGUUUUAAGUACUGCUUCAGUUGGUACAGAUCACAAAGAUCAAUUACUUGCGUACUUAGAACCAGAUAAAUCAGUUACAUGUUUGGAACCAAACUCUGGCCACUCUUUCACAUGUUUAGAACAAGAGGCAUAUACAUCAAUUUCUUGUUUAGAACCAGUCACAGGCCCGUCAGUAACAUGUUUAGAACCAGACACAGACUCGACAGUUACAUGUUUAGAAACAGACACAGACCCGUCAGUUACAAGUUUAGAACCAGACCCAGACCGACAGUUACAUGUUUAGAACCAGACACAGACCCGUCAGUUACAUAUUUAGAACCAGACACAGACCUGUCAGUUACAUGUUUAGAACCAGACAUAGACCUGUCAGUUACAAGUUUAGAACCAG